UCGUUGACGUAAACAAAUAAAAGUGACGCUUUGCGUUGUAGUUUUUGUUUUCGUGGCAAAUUGAAAACAACAGCAGCUAAUUAUUCCAGAGUUAAUUAUCGUACCACGGAUAUUUGUUAUCUGUCGUUCGUCUCAAGAACAACGGAUAUUAUUUUUGUACUCGUGUUCUCGAUUUCAUAACCAAUUAGUUACAUCGAUCAUUGUUUACGAAUGCAUACUUUAUUAACAAUUGUGUAGUAUUGUGCUCUUGUUCGCAGUAUCUCAAGAAAACAACAAUUAUGAGGAACUCUCGUACAAAUAAACCAAAGGAGACCAGCAAGCAGAAGAAGGAAAGGAAGAGGGAAUUUUUGGAGAACAAAAAAAAUGUCGUUUCAGUUGUCUUACCCACUCUGACUGUCAUAUUCGCACUCAUCACACUGUUCAUCUACUUAAAGGUGCAUCCAAAUGCAUUGAACUUCAUGGCUUCUGAGAAACCACUUUAAACAAUGCAUAUUUUAUUUCUUUUCCGUUCUCUUCUGUUAUAUAUAUAUAUAUGUAUAAUCAUUCCAAAAUUUGAAUUUCAUUAUUUUAUUUAUUUUGUUCAUCUAAUAAUAUGUUCUGUGAUCUGUUGUGUGCUUACAUGUAAAAUGCAUGAUUCAAAUAUUAACAUUUAGACGCUAUGUAAACGUUAAAUGCGUAAAUUCUGUUUUUAUAAUUCAUUAAACAAAUUUAUUAAAUUAUGCAAUAAUUAGUUGUUUAAUUAGA